AUGGCUAGCACCGUCAACGAUGAUGCGAAGGAUCUUAUUGAUCUCGCGAUCAAGGACGCAGUCAGAGCCAAAAUUACCGAAAUUGUCUUCUCAAACCUGGGCCAUAGCCCCCGUCCAUAUCUAAACGACGAGCAUUGGGAGCGGCUAAAAGAGGAGAUCGAAAGAAUGUGGCAUCGCGACCGGACUCCAGGAUCACAGCCUCACGAGGAUAACCUUUGGGUGUAUUUGACCUCUGCGGAAUGGAUGAACUGGUACUAUACCUUCUUCCAAGCCGUUAUUGGUGUCGCGUCGAUUGGCGCAGGCUUUACCUUUAGCGUGAUUGUAUCCCCGUUGGAACCACCACCGAGCACCAACUUGGAUGGCCAACCCCCACCCGAAGCCGAGCAAACGCGGCAGCUCAACCAUGUUCGACGUUGUCUUUCGAUCAGCUGGCUACUAUUUGUCCUCUCGCUUGCUUGGGCAAGCUCGGCCGCGCUGACAAUCAAUAACAACAAAACGAGGGUCAUGGAAAUCUUUGACAGCGCCAAUUGGGAUAGACUGUACCGAGGGCUUCAUAACCCGCUCAUGCUAGCCCUUAGCACGGCAACUCUGGUCGGAAUAUUACUACCGGUAAUGGCAUUCGGAGCUUCUGCCGAAGCAGUCAGAGCUUACCAGGGCGGAACGGGGCUUGCAGCCAUUGUCCUGCUCGCGCUGGGCGCCUCGAUAUUGGUGAUGUUUUGGGUCCUUCAAAAUUUGUGA